AUGAGUUCGUUCGAGAAACUGCACAGUGAUGCCAUGGGAGGAAAAUGGUCAGAAGCAUUUGAAAGAUGCAAGCAAGAGAGGGCGCUUUGGACAGCCCAGAUAACAGGGACGGGAGACACAGUAUUACACAUGGCUGUGUCUAGUGGGGAAGAGAAGGUGGUGGCAAACAUGGUUGAAUUCUUAGUUGAACAAGAGAAAAGUUUCCCCCAAAAUGGUGUGGUGGUUACAAUGGACGAAGAUGAUGAGGAAACGUGGAACAUGAAUACCGUUCUUGGUGCUGAAAAUGAUAGAAAAAACACUCCUUUACACUUAGCAGCAAUAGAGGGGUCUGUUGAAAUGUGCAGGAAGAUCGGUGGCACGGAUCGCUCUUUAAUUGCUCACCGGAACAUCGCCGGCGAGACACCCCUUUUCCUAGCGGCUCUCAAUGGCCACAAAAAAGCUUUUCUUUGGCUUCAUUAUCUGUAUGUUGGAAGCCAUGAAGUUUCUUCAACUGGCUUUGCUCACUGUAUAAGGGACAACGAAGAUACCAUUCUUCAUUGUGCAAUUGCAGAAGGGCAUGCUGAUGUGGCAACCGAAAUAGUUCACCUUUAUAAAGAUCAUUUGAAAGAGAUGAUGAAGCGCAACAAAAAAGGGUUGUCUCCACUUCAUCUCCUAGCAUCGAAACGCAAGGCUUUCAAAAAUACUAGCCUCCGUGAACUACCAAUCCUUGCUGGUCCAAUUUAUCGGUUGUGGAAAGUUAAUGAGAAGAAUCAGGCCACAACGCUUGAAGAAUUGCGAGCCAUGAAAGACAAAAGUAUACGCUUCACGCGUUACUCCGCAGCUGUUUUCUUUUGUCCAUAA